UCUUUUUUUUAAAUUAUCUGCAACUAGUCCUUUGUUCUCUCCACCACCUUCUCUCUGUGAGUUAUAUAAACCAAGUUGUUCUACAAACAACCUUACAGUGGGAGGAGGAACAGGAGGAGGGGGAGGUGGAAAAGCAGUAGAGCUGUAGAGAUAUGGAAACAGUAGAAGACAUUGUAAUAGUUGGUGCUGGAAUUGCAGGACUCACUACAGCCCUAGGACUUCACAGGAUGGGACUGAGAAGUUUGGUGUUAGAAUCAUCAGAAAGCUUGAGGGUCACUGGGUUUGCACUUUCGACAUGGGCUAAUGCAUGGAAGGCCUUGGAUGCUGUAGGCAUAGGUGAUAUCCUAAGAGAAGAACAUGUUGAGCUUGAAGGGUUAACGGUUACAUCUACUGUUUCUGGCCUUUCUUCCUCUCUUAUGUCAUUUAAAGCCGAAAAACAUGAAGUUCGUGCUCUAAGAAGGAAACUUUUGCAAGAAACCCUUUGCAAGGAUCUACCACCAGGCACCAUUAGGUUCUCUUCCAAGCUUGUUUCGAUUGAGGAAGCGGGCAACUUAAAACUGCUACACUUGGCUGAUGGAUCCACCCUAAAGACUAAGGUAUUAAUUGGAUGCGAUGGAGUGAAUUCAAUUGUUGCAAAAUGGUUGGGUCUUGAAACGCCAGUGUUCUCUAAGAGAUGGGCAAUAAGGGGUAUAGCGGAAUACUUGGGUGGCCAUGGCCUUGAAAGCAACUUCUUUCAGUUCUUUGGCAAUGGCUCUCGCUGUGGUAUGAUUCCUUGUGAUGAGAACACUGUAUAUUGGUUUUUCACAUGGACUCCCUCUUCCCAAGAGAAAGACAUACACGAUAAGCCUGCAGCCGCGUUGAAGCAGUUUGUGUUGAGUAAUCUUGGAAAAGCACCUGAGUCACUAGUGAAUGCCAUAGAAAGCACAGACCUGAAAAGUAUUGUAGCCUCACAAUUAAGGUUCAGAAAGCCAUGGAAGGUGUUGUGGGGAAAUAUCACAAAGGGAAAUGUCUGUGUAGCUGGGGAUGCUCUCCACCCAAUGACCCCAGACAUUGGUCAAGGUGGGUGUUCAGCAUUAGAAGAUGGUGUUGUUCUGGCUAGGUGCCUUGCUGAGGCCCUGUUGGAAGAGACAAGAAAAGAAUCCAUGAAAGUAAAAGAAGAAGAAGAAGAAGAAGAGUGCAUUAGGAUAAAGAAGGGUCUGGAGAAAUUUGCCAAGGAAAGGAAAUGGAGAAGCUUUGAACUUAUAAGUACAGCUUAUGUAGUGGGCUUCUUACAACAAAGUGAUGGAAAAUUACUUACUUUCAUAAGAGAUAAGCUGUUGUCAACAUUCUUAGCUGGGAUGCUGUUGAAGAGGGCUGCUUAUGAUUGUGGCAAACUCAAAAUCUCUUAAGUAUUUUGUGCUUUGGAAGUAAUUUAUGGUUGAGAUAUGUAUUAAAUAAAAAUAAAUAAAUAAAUUGUAUCAUCCUUUUGAUUA